AUCGGGGAACUCUAGGGUUUCUCGUGCUCCGUCUACCAGAGGUGGGCCGGAAUCGCAGCCACCUCUUACCACGUCCUUCUUCCCGCUACCUUUGUAGGUUAUCGUUCCGAACCUCUUCGUUUUUCUAUCAUGGCUGCUUCCGAUGUUGAAUUUCGUCUAUUCAUUGGCGGUCUUUCCUGGUCAACGGACGACAAAUCGCUACAGAGCGCCUUCAGCACCUUCGGCGACGUACUCGAGUCAAAGGUUAUCAAUGAUCGGGAGACGGGGAGGUCGAGGGGCUUUGGAUUCGUGACUUACGGUAACGAGCAGGCUAUGCAGGACGCCAUCGAGGGAAUGAAUGGGCAAAACCUUGACGGUAGGAACAUCACCGUCAACCGGGCUCAGUCUCGAUCCGGCGGUGGAGGCGGAAACGGAGGCGGAGGCGGAGGCGGCGGUUAUCGCGGUGGUGGUGGCGGAUAUGGAGGCGGCGGCGGCGGUGGAUAUGGAGGUGGAGGUGGUCGGAACGAUGGUGGCUUUGGAGGUGGGAGGAGCGAUGGUGGAUACAACCGUGGUGGCGGUGGUGGAGGGGGGGAGCGCGGGUUUGUAGGAAGGCGAGAUCGUGGUUAUGAUGGCGGAUCUCGCUACUCAAGAGGCGGGGGAGGUUCUGAUGGGAACUGGAGAAACUGAAGGGACGUCAGAUCCGAUCUUAUUAUGGAACUGGGUCUUUGUAGUAGAGACGGUUCUGGUUAUCUAGGGUUUUUGAUUUGGUCCAUGACUGCUGAGUCUUGUUGUUUGUUGUCGCUUGUUUUUUAAAACACUAGGGUGCUACUUGGAUGAUGAGAUUGGAAAAAAGAAAUGGUAAAUCCAAACUUGUUCGCUUUUGCUAGAUUGUUUUGUUAUGGGUGUUGUGAUUGGAAAAGCAUUUGUUUUUAA